UUGUCACGUACGUAGAAAUUGAAUUUUGUGUAAAAAAAUACGACUUUUAUUAAUUAAAAUUAAUUAUAGUGAUAAUGAAAAACACGCGAAACUCAGUGCCGUCGUUGUUGGGUAUGCAAAGUUAAUCAUACUAUCGAGUGAUGACGUUGAGCAAGGACGAUGUGAUCUUUAGAGUCAAUAGAAACAAACUUUGUCGUCUCAUUGUUUGAUUAUAAUCACUAUCUCUGCGGAGAUAUUUUGAUAUGUCACAUUUUGGGGAUUUUAUGGACGGCGUCCCCGUAAAAAUCUCCGAAAAAUACAAGCGACCGCCUCGAAUAGAUUUGCCGUACAGCGUGCACGAAUGCCCAAUACGAGCACAAAAUGUGGUCGACAACGCCGUAUAUUGCACUCAAUUUGAGACCAACGUGCUGUCAAAGCUCAAGGAACUACGGAGCGCUAAAGAAACAAAGAAAAACGAACGCAAACAUCGCUUACAGUUAUUAGAGGAAGCCAAACAGAAAAAAUUGGAUGCGAUCGCCGCCGCCGAGGCAGAGGAAAAACUUAAACAGCUCAGUGUCUCUGAAGUGUCUUACCCGAGUACUGACGAGAUAAGUGCAAUAUCUCCUGAUGAGAAAACUGACAAAAACUGUGAUACUCCUACUCCUGUGUUGGAAGAGUCCCGGCCGGAGCCUGCUGUUCCUGAAGUCACCUAUCAGACUUGCACCAACCCUGAACCAGAGCUGAAUAUCUUACAGCCCAUACAGUUACAAGCUAACUACCCCCAAAACAGUUUAUUAGAUGAUCCUGACCCAUUACAGGAAUAUAAAACUAACACUAAAAUUAAGAAAAUACCACAAUACAAUCACAAUGUAGAAACCCUUACAUUUAGAGACUUUGAAAAUGAUACUUCUAGCCCAUUUGAUAAUGUGGAGUUAAAGACAAUAAAUGACAUGGAAUUGUUAGCCCAGAUACUGCAAAGUCAAAAGGAAUCUACAACAAGUUGUAAUCCACAACAGUAUUUACCUGAUCAAACAUAUGCAGCUCCGAGCUGUGCAUCCCAAGCUCAGGCAGAGGGGCUUGCAUAUAUGCCCAAUUCCUACACAGAACAACAAAUGCAAGACCCUGGAUUAAUGUAUAUAACACCGCAGCACUACCCUGUCUCUAACGGUUACUAUGUACAAGCCGACAAUGUCUGUGAUAACCAAAUGCCAAUGGAAAACAUGUACAUGCCAAAUUAUCAAUAUUAUGUUCCUACAAAUCCAUAUCCUGCUAACACUCAAUAUUAUAACAAUCCAUUACCAGUCAGUACAGACCUUAAUCAACCCCAAAAUGAAUCUACAUUUAUUCCUCAACCAUAUUAUUUUCAUCAAUACCAACCUAUGCCUGCACAGAUACCAACUGAAAAUCUAGUACAGGAAGAGAACAAAUCAAAUGAAAACACAAGUAUUCAGAUCAAGUCAAGGUCACGAAGUGUGCCCGACAUAGUUAGAGAGUUGAAUGAAGAAAUCAUGUCAGCAAGGCUCAGGGCAAAUGAGAGGUCUUCUCAUAAUGUAAGUCCGGCGCCAACAAACAUUCCACAACCAUCUUCAAGCGCUGAAAAGAAGGAAAGAAAAAGCAAAAGGAAAUCGGAACAGCUGCCAAAUCCUUUAGAGAAGCUGUCUCCAAAGCUUCAGGAUAUGUGUAGGAAGAUCCAUGGCAUGGGGUUCCCGCUUGACAGGGUUGCUAGAGUAUGUACGCUAGUUGGAGAUAAUGAUAAAAAGGUGAUCGAAGGUCUGCUAAUACUGGGCGAGCUGAUGGACCUUGGCUUCUCAGAAGGCCGAGUGUCUGCCGCGCUGGCCAAACAUGAGUUUAACCGAGACAAGGCGCUGGACGAUUUAGUGUCGUAACGGUUAAAACGGUAUUGAAAAUAUGUGGAGUGACAAGGUGGAGCAGUAGGGACCAAUAUUUAUUGACAGAAAUAUACUGUGGCUCAUUUGGAUAUAAGUAGUUUAAUUUCAAAUUAUAUUUUUUAAUAUAUGAGGAGGGAAAAUCAUACCGUGUUGGACAUGGUUUUCUCAAGAUUCCAAUUUAUAAGGAUACUAUUAGUGUUCUAUUUUGGAAUCGUUUACUUUACUGUAAAAGAUAUCCAAGUUCUUAAUAAGGCAAGCUCAUAAUGCUACAUCAUUAUCAAAUAGGUUAAUUUCCACUUUAAAUUUGAUUAGCGACAGACCUAAAUGGAAGUGGAUUUUGACUUAUGUGGGGCAUAUCAAUAAUAACUGUACCCACAAACUGAUAAAUCAUUAAGGUUUUUUUUUUUUUAAUUUAAAGCAAUAACGCUCUUAAAACGUCGAGACUGUGGAAGCUUGCCAGAAGCGUGCGAGUCUUUCCAUUCCUUUUUUUCCACGCCUGAGGGAAAGCAAAUGGGCGGUACACCAAGCAUCAACCACAUGACGGACGGACUAAAGUGGGUGAUAGACGUACGAGCAAGUACGCGUAGGUACUUAAAGAUUUCAACCCGGUUGGAUCGCCGACAACUAUGCGCGGCGGUUUUAAAGUACGCGU